ACCCGUUAGUUAUUAGCGUUCAUACCGCAUUGACAAUUAUAUUUGUCAACGUAACAAACAACAAUCACAACUGGGGCACUGUUACACCCGAGAGUAUUACUGACGUUGGCUACAAAUGGUUGCAAGUUAACAUAGAUCUACUAGGACAGUUGUUCGAUGAUCAGACUAUCUUCUACGAGUAGUUAGUAGUCAGGACAGGGCGUUGUGUAAUUAUGUCAGACAAACCCAAGUGACCAUUUUGACUUGACUCAGCUCGUGAAUAAGGGCAACAAGGUUGGCGAUGCGAUCUAGAAAUAUAAUGUGUACGUUGCUGGUGAUUUGGUCUGUCUCUAUGAGUGAUAGAAGGGUUUGCUGGCCGUAUGUCGACAUGGCCGGGAGCCUCGAAGCAUCUGCUCGCAGAUCUAAGACCACUGCCUCCGCCAUUCCUUUGGCCUAUACGAGCUUGAGUGGCUCGUUUGGCAUCCCAUCUGUUGUUGCUUCUCCUUCAACUGCUGCUGCUAUAUAGUCGCCUCUUCUGUGAUAUCGCCUCCUGGCUCUUCUACUGCCAGCGUAAAUGAUGUCAACAUCUCUACUACGCUAUUGUCUCCCCGGCCCCUACUUCUAUCAUAUCUGAGUCGAUCCUUCCAAAUCUGGCAAUUCUUUUCUUCGGAGUAAACGACUACACCACAUCCGACAUGGUCCACGAGCCACUCAAACAUCAUGACUGGGCCUGUGCCGUCGUCGGACAGCAACAUAGCCAGCGUCGCCCCACCCUUGACCACUUUCGAAGAAAAUUGAAACCCCUGUGGUGAUGAAUCAUUAAACGCCAUUCUUCGAGAGAUUAGGAAGAACAAACAGGUGAACAUCAUCCAUGCCGAGGCUCUU